AUGCAGCGCGCGGCGCUGGGCGCGCUCGGGGGGGCGGCGCGGCCCCGAGACCCCCGGGAACCCCAGCCCUGGGACCCCCGGGAACCCCAGCCCCGGGACCCCAUGUCCCGGCACCACCGGGAACGCCGGGACCCCUCCAGCCCCGGGACCCCCCAGCCCAUCCCCGAUCGCCCCCCGCCACCGCUCUUCCCCACCCUACCUCCGGCCCCCCCGGGCCGCUGGCUGAGCGCGGCCCCGCCGGCGCUGCGGGAGCUGCGGGAGCUGCGGGCGCGCACCGGGCAGCCCGUGAUGCGCUGCCGGGAGGCGCUGGAGCGAGCGGGGGGCGACCUGCGGCAGGCUGAGGCCUGGCUCGAGGCCGAGUCGCGCCGCCGGGGCUGGGCCCGAGCCGCUGCCCCUGGGGCUGCCCGGGCCCGGGAGGGGCUCGUGGGGAUCCUGAGCGAGGGCUCGGCCGCUGUCAUGGUGGAGGUGAACUGCGAGACGGAUUUCGUGGCGCGGACCCCGGACUUCCAGCAGCUGGUGGAGAUGGCAGCCAGGGGGGUCCUGGGGCACUGCCAGGGAGCCUCGGGCACCAAGCUCCUGCUGCCAGAGGAGGAGCUGGCCCAGGUGAGGGCAGCGGACGGGGGGGACCUGCUGAGCGAGCACCUGGCACUGGCCAUGGGCCGCCUGGGCGAGCGUUUGGCUCUGCGCCGGGCCGGGUGGCUCCGUGCCCCCCCCGGGGGCUUUGUGGCCACCUAUGCCCACGGCUGGGUGCCCCCUGGGCCCGCCGUGGCCAUGGGCACCUACGGGGCGCUGGUGGCUUGCGGGGGGCCGGGCCCGGGGCCCCCCCCGGCCGAGCUGCGCGAGCUGGGGCGCAGGGUGGCCCAGCACGUGGUGGGCAUGGCCCCCACCGCCCUGGGGACCCCCGAGGACGAGCUGGGAGGUGACACCGAGACGCGGCUGCUGGCCCAGGGGACCCUCCUGGAGCCGGGGGUGCCCCUGGGCCGGUACCUGCGGGAAAGGGGGGGGCUCCAGGUCUGGGAUUUCCUGCGCUUCCAGUGCGGGGAGGAGCCCCCCCAGGAGCCCCCCCGGGAGGCCUCUGCCCCCCCAGGCUGAGGGAUGUGGCUCAGGGGGGGUGCAGGUACUGGGGGGGACACACAGAGCCCCCCCCCAUGCACCCCAGGCCAAGCUGGGGCAGCGAGAGCCCCCCCAGGUGUGGGGGGGAGGCUGAAUAA